CUUACUCUGGCUAUGGAAUCAAGUUCCUGAAACUAAUCACCUGUAUCUUGAAAAAUGUCGCCGUAACGCGAGGCGCCCAGGAGCGUCCUGUACCCCAACACUGCACAGAAAAUGACGAAAGUUCCCCAGGGGUUUGAUUUCAGUUUCUUAAAUGACGAAGAAGCCCGGAAGAUCCUUCGGGUGCUGGAAAGAAACGAGGCGCUCCAGAGGGCAGACAAGACGAGGAUCAGCAAACUCCAGAAGACAAAAAGGGAUAUCAGAUGGCUGCAAGGAGUGACCGGUGAAUGGUUUGAAGAAAUUCAAAGAAAAAAGUUUUGCAACGAAACAGAUGUCAGCCAAAUGUUAAAGCCGCCACUAACAUACAGGCUGAGGAAAGGGAUGGCAGAAAAUGAUCAGACAUCAAGAUCUCAACAUAUACCUAAUCAAAGAAACCCAUCAUCAGUUGCCUCUAGACUGAGCUUCAGAUCCUCAUUUGCUUCCCUGUUCUCAUUCAAAAAAUCCCGAAAGGAGACUUUAAAGCUUCCAUCCUUGGCCCCGAAAGGAUGUUCCGACCAGGCAGGACCUCCUGCAUCUGUGAGGGGAGCUGCCAUGCAGACAAAAAUACACAAUUCACCUCUGGAAAAUCAACCAGUUGGCAGUGCAUUUGGCCCCAGACCUGCAGACAUGAGGGAGGGAGGUGGCAUGUCUCAGUGGGAUGCCUCACUGCUGGAGAAUGAAUUUUUCCAAGUUCUAGAUGACUUGGAUAACAAACUGGCUCAGGAACAAUCAUCCAGCUCCGUGAUUACUGGGACACCUCUCCACUAUGGAUCAAGAACACAGUUCAGUCACUUUUAUUCCAUUGGGAACAGACAUGGUCAUAUCACAGGAAGGCAUAAAAAUCGCUAUAAUGAAACUUCAAAAAUGUCCAUCUAUGACAUCCUAAGACCAGGAACCCCUAGGGAGGGUUUUAAAACCUUUUCUCCUAGAACAAAGACAAUUUAUGAUAUGUACAGGGCACGGGAGCCCAGAGUCCUAAAAGAAGAUUAUAUGCAAAAGAAUACUUUUGGUAGUACUUCUCUCUGUCUUGACAGCAGGCAACGGUCAGCCUUACCAGCUACAGGACAUUUCACAGCAAGAAGCUUACAUUUUUCUGGCACAACUCAGAACAAGAAUGGAUUUAUAGCACCAAGCCACCAGCAGAGCCCAAAGAGAACUCCUUUAUCAUCCAUCAUAUGGAAUAGAUCAGAUUCUUAUAGAGAAAGGUGGAAUGAAGAAGAUUUCCCAACGACUCCCUCACCAAUGGAAAUUGACCCUGCUGACCAGUUUUCGUAUCCCAGGUAUUCUCAGGAGAAUGCUAAAUAUGGUUUUUACCGGUCACAGAGUGCUUAUCAGAGUGUUAAUUUAAAUGCUCCCAUGGAUAAUGCAAUGCAUUCUGACCCAUUUGAGAACUCUGAGAAUAUGCCAUUCUACCAUCAAGGCAACCCAUUUGCUAUGUCUUUCUUUAGCAAUACUUUUGGACAAAAUAGGGAACAGGGGUCUGGACAAAAUCAAAAGGAACAAUAUUCUUCCAGGUCAAACUUUCAGCAAAUCAGGAAACUAUUCACUUCUGACGAAGACUCUGAAAUGACUUCCAUUGAAGCAAAUAGCGCACCUGCUGGUCACGGCUAUAGUGGUCCUUCUCAACACUGGGGAUCUUUUUCUCAUAGUUAUGGAACAAGUAUCUCCAGAGACCAAGAGCAAAAUCCUUGGCAGUUCAAUUCUCAGACAUCCACACUGGAGAACAUGGAGGUGUCACAAGAUCAUGGGAACCAGCCAAGCCCUCAUUUUGGUGCACCAAACGCUGGCUCCUUGGUUAGUUCAAGCUAUCACAUCAAAUCUGGUGGGUUAGAAUGUCAGCAGAACAGUGCUCUGAUAGAAGACCAGAUAAACAAAGAACCUUACUCAUUUGGAAAUGCUCCAUCGCUAGCAUCUUCCUCCAAAAGUUCCCUCCCCCGGAUUUCUGAUGACAACAGGAAUUCUCAGAGUCCCCAUUUUCAGAAUCCCACAGUCACUGUGCAGAAAAUGAUUCCCGAUCAGCCUGUCUCUCUUCCAGUAAGAGGCUAUACAGAGGUCACGGUCACCAACAGCAGCCCAGUUGAUUGUCCAUCUCUUACUGAAAGCCAACCCCAUAUCUCAGUCACAGAAGUGAGUAAUGACAAAGAGUUGAAUGAAUCUAUUUUGGAAAAAGAAAUACAACUAAACAAGAUGGACCAGAGAAACCUGGCAAGUGAAAUACUCCAACCUGUUUCACAGACAGUCAGCUCCAACCCCUCACCUGAUUCUCAAAAUCCUCUCCCCCAGCACUCAGCCAACAACAACAGAUUUAGUUUUAAUGCAUCUACCACCAUAAAUUCAGAAGGGUCACCCAGAGUCAAUUCCAGGAGAGAUAAACCCCCAUUGUAUACACCACACAAUGAUAAAGCCAGUAAACUUAAGAAAGAUUCAAGUGGUACUGGGAAUAGAAAAUUUGGUCCAGCAACGUCCCUUCUUCUCAUUCGGGAAAGCAGAAGAUCAUCCUUCCCCAGCCCAAAUCAAGGUUAUCACCAGGAAAUAACAGUAAAUAAGGAAGAGAUUUCAAGUCCUAUUCAAAAUAACUCUGAACCUACUGAUCAUCAAAACAUAGAGCAUCCAGAGAGACAUUCUAUUUUAGAUACUAAGGAAGGUCAAUGUAUCACAACUCCUACCACCUGUAGCAAGUCAGUGACCAGCCACAGUAUCUCAUGUGAUUCCUUAACUCUGUCAAGGUCACGACCAGAUUCCUUACCAGUGAAUAAUUCUUUCCUCAGUACUCUGGCUAUUCCUCCUACGACAGUAUUCUCCAGGAGAAGUCUCUCGGUCCCAGAUCCAUCUCUGAGAGAAAGAGGAGGAGACAGUGAUAGCAGGAACCUAAGUAGUCAGUUCGUCCGAAGCUCCUCAGAAAACCAAAAGAGUAAUGAUAGUGGCGUGUCUGUACGGAGUGAAGUGGCAGAUGUUGUUAAAUACCAGUCACAUCUUUCUCUUGGGGAUGGAAAAGGAAGGGUAAGACAGCGUAUAUCCUAUAUCGAAAAGUUAAGCAAAACAGAAAGUGACAGCAGCAGUCAGAUUAAGUGGAAUCAAAGCAAUGCCAAGGGGCCUAGUUUUCACACAUCUUAUUGUACACUACCAAGGAAAUCAGCCAGUUUUCUCAUCAAUAGCAGGAAGUCGGAAAGUGAGGUAAUAACUUCUUCAUUUAGGAAUGAGCCACUUUCAUUCCAAAUCAGAGAUAAUGUCGAAGAUCCGAGAGAGAAGUACACACCAGACAAAUUCAGCCCCGGUUCUUCUGAGUCAGAAAAAAGUUCCAAAGUCACUUCAGACCUAAUUCCAGUGGUCCCUGGAGCUCCAGAGAGGGCGGCAGAUAUGAAAACCACUGGAUCUGCUUCUGUUAGGAAAAGACCACUUCCGUUCCUCAUUCAGAGGGCUGUGUCCUGUCCCUCGGGGACAUAUGCCUCGGCUGGGAGAGGUGAGAGAGAAUGCUUGGGUUCAGACGCAUACACUUCUGCCAUAACACCAAGGCCUUGGGAGAGAACCACUAAACCCCCGGACAGUGUCUCAUCUGUCAGGGGUCAUUCUUUACCCAAAAGAGGCCACCAGAAGGAAUACUUUAACGAGUGUGUGGACAAGGGUGGUCAAAUCACUGCCUGCAGUAAAGGUAGCAUUCCCCUUUCCAAGGAAGAUCCUUUACCUUUUGCUUCAGACUUGUCAGGAAAAGAAAGUGGGGAAGCAUUACAUAAAAUGAAGACUACUAGUAUGUUUUCCGUUUCUGGUGAUGAAGACAAUGUAAAAUGUUUUGAGAUGGUUUCAAUAUAUUAUACCCUACCAAGAAACCAAGGCAAAAAGAUCUCUAACUUGCUUCAAAAGUAUUCAGUGGAUUCACUUACAGAAUCAUCGAAAGUGGGGAGGGAAACAUUUCCUGAUGCUUUAGAAAAAGACAAACCAAACUGUUCUACACCAGAGCAGGCAAGAAUGCCUUCAUCUGAGGAUCUAAACGUGCCUGUCAACAUGGCUCAGAAUGGCCAUCUCCCCCCAGCCACUGACAAUAGGGCGGCUCCCCAGUCACCAGGCAUUGACUCUGUAGAACCUACGUUACUGGGAUUGGCUUCCGUUGGAGCAGAUGCUUCUCUUCACAAAGGCGAAUCUAAAACCAGAGAGAUUUCCCCACGUAACUUAGCUAAAACUCUAGGUGAGUCACAAAGCAGGAAAUCAAGAGGGGAAAAAAUGCAGAGUGAAACCCUGUAUACGUCAUCAGUGCUCUGGAGAAGAAGGGGAAUAGGAGAGAAAACUGAAAAUCACCAGCAGUCAAUUAAAUCAGGUGACAGUGGUCCUCAUCCUCCAGCCCUUUCCAGAGAAGAUAUCGAAAAUUCCCAGAUCCAAAGAAGGACUGCGGCGUGGGCACGUAGUGGGAUCGCUGGAAGUGGGGAGUGUCCUCAGGAGGAUGUCGUGGGCAUAGCUGUAGAUGACAGAGCCAGGGGAUUGCAGGGUGGGGAAGUCAGAGGGGAAACUGGAACAGAUUUCCAAAAAAUGACUGCUAAAGCACUUUGCGACACAGAAAGCCAAAUCUUCGCUCUCACUCCAGCCUUGCAGAAGCUACAGCUCGAUGAGGCUCAUUCAGGUGAACCAGCUUUAGAGAAUUCACAGUCUGAACCCAGAGAACUACCUCAAAGAAGUCAGGAGGUGAAUAUGACAGAGAACAGGCAGGCUGAAGAUGAUCCACAGAUGCUGGCGUGGGGUCAACUUUUACCUCCUGGAGGAAAUAAUAAAAAUAAAGCUGACUUGGAUGACUUGGAAAAAGGGAAAAACAGACCUUCCGUUAAACACAGGCUGGCUGCCAUGUCCAAAGCCAGCAGAAAAUUUUCAGCUAAAGAUUUAAGCCCCAGAAGACACGUAGCUACUAUCUUUCCCCAAAGUGGGAACAGUUCUGGCUUCGGCGCUUUAUCUCUUGGCACAUCGCAGUGCAACCUGCUGUCCCCUGAGUCUCCUCCAAAGUCCACAGAAGGCACACAUGAAAGCAGGCUGAGCAACGGCAGCAUGGAUUUGGAGAACUCUGCAAACUCUGCCCAGGUCCAUGUAAUAUUCAGCAGAAAUGCUGCAUCACACUUCAGCAAUCCAAAGUCCAACAGCAUUUCACAACGUCAUCAGAAUGAGGUUGAAAAUAUCUCUGAAUCCGCACCAAGGUAUGAGAAUUCUAAAGAUGUAAUGGCAACUCAGAUUUGGGAAACACAGUCAGAAGCCAUGACCCAACAACCCACAUGCACCAGCCUCAGGGAAGCAGACUUUGCUGACCAUCGGAGGAGGCUGGACCCUCCUUUUCCACUGGAGCAUGCACAGAAAUCUACACACUUCCCACCACCCGCCAGUUGUCCACAACUGGGUGUCAGUGCCGGGUCUCUGGAGUGGGAAUCUGAGCCACACUCCUAUCGUUCAAAGAGUUUAAAAAACAUCCAUUUGCAUGGUGAUCUGCGACGCCAAAGUCAGCCUCCCAGAAGCAGGGAGCGCCAUUUUUCUGAAAAUACUUCCAUCGACCACGCCCUGAGUCGACUGACCCUUGGGAAUGAAUUAUCUAUCAACAGUGGCUAUAAUCGAAGAUUCAAAUCUUUUUCUGAAUUUCCCUCCUGUGAUGAAAAUGAGGGAUGGGCUUUGUACAGCAGCAGGACUAAAUCAGACUCCAGACCCGUAUCCUCUAUAUCCAGACCUAUUGAUUAUGGAAUUUUUGGAAAAGAACAGCAGUUGGCUUUCUUGGAGAAUGUAAAGAGGUCACUCACAGAAGGAAGAUUAUGGAAACCAAGUUUUCUUAAGAACCCUGGCUUUCUGAAAGAUUCUGUCAUUAAUCCUCCUAACCCAAAAGAGUCAUUAAGCUCCAAUUCUCCUGACAAUAAGAUGCCAGAAGAGGGCUUGUCUCCAAGCACACCACUUAAUAUCUAUGAAGAUGCAGUAGACUCAGACUGUGACACAGAUACCACCACAGAUGAUGAAUACUAUCUGGAUGAAAAUGACAAAGAGUCAGAACUGUGAGACCUUUUUUUUUUUUAUUAAAACAUAUACCCUUUCCACCAAAAGCCUGCAAUGGAAGCCAGGUCAAAAGUGUGUGUCCCCAGGACGACAGUGAAAAAGAGCUGGUCCAGGCAGUGCCUGGACACUCUCUCUUUCCCUCUCCACACUCCUCUCUGUAUGUGCUCUUCUGCAGUCUAGAACAGAAAUUCCUGUUUUCAAGGGUUCUCUGCAGUUUUCUCCCAGGGUUCAGGUCUUAGCUUUCCUUCUUUCUCCCUAAUUAACCUCUAACUCAGCUUUGGCUUUCUCCCUUGCUUUCCUCCUCAUGCUUUUACACCUUGACGUGAUUUACAACCAUGACAUCUCAGGCACAUACAACAUAUUAGUUACCCAGCACAACCACAAAAACCCUUGCCUCUUCUGGUCCACACCUCCUACUUGAAGUAAAAUGUAAGGAUGAUGACCAUGGAGUAAAUAUUAUCAUCCAUUUUGACUCUAUCAUUUAGGAGGUUUUGAGUUUGGACUUUUUUUUUCUUUCAAACAAACAUAAGGGGAUUCUCAGCACAUCCUUUCCCAUUCACAGUGGAGCCACAAGAGCACAGCUUUCCAUUUGGUGAGGUCUUAGGAGAGAAGCAGAAUCCACAGGAAGAGAAAGAACAUUAGCACUCCUAGAAUGCCUUUGGCAUCCCCUGCAGGGAUUGGUUGACUGUUAAAGCUCAGUUUUAACCCAGUCAAGGACUCUGACCAGGCAACCUGGUGGUGUAGAAAGUGAUUUAGUGAAAGAAAUUCUGCUUAGGAAGGGAACAAAGGGGUGGCAAUAAGUAGGCAUCCCUUUCAUGAGGAUGACUUCUACUGACGCUGCCUCAAUAGCUGCUUUUCCCAUGUGGAUAGAACACAUUUUUCCUAUGUGGAUAGGACAUAUUCCACGUGGACAUUUUAGUCCCAGGGAUCAGUGGUUGCUUGGGACAAGUCCCUAAAAUGCUACCAAGUCAGAUCCCAUAUCCUGGAAUGCACUUGUGUGCAAGACCAUUGACCAAGCCCUUAGGAGUUGCAAGGCAGAGCACCUCAGAGCUUAUCACGGGGAUUAUUUCAAUAAUUUAUCUACACCGAGUAACUUCUCACACCCAUGGAUAAUUUGACUUUGUAACUCUUUCGUCACCAUGCAGAAUUUAGGGGAUUUCUCUCCUAAUCAGACUAAAGAAUAGUAGAUGGUGGUGAAGACUGCGGACAGCAUGCCCACCUGAUUUAGUUCUGUGAAGGUAGCAUGAGUGGAUUGCACUUGGUUUAUAUUUACUUCCUGACCUAAGUUUACUUUCCAUUUUUCUUGCUUAGUCUGUUUCAUCCAUACAAGUUAAAGACACUGAUAGGCAUUGGUGAAGUGUAUAGAGAUCAGGAAUGAUUGAACUACAUCAUUGUUACCCUCCUGAUCUCUGCCUUGCCUAGAAGCAAAAUGCCAGGAUUAGCUUACAUGGCACAGAUGAAGAUGUGGUAACAAAAAAGCUAUUCCGUUAAUCUGUAAAUUUUUUUAAACUUCAAUCUUGAGUUCAAAGAGAUCAACAAUAUAAUUUUAA